CUCUCAGACUUUCUCAAGUUACUCAAAACAAAUGACUACUUGCAACUUUUGCAAAUAUACAAUUCAGUGUUUGACGAUCGAACCUUGCAGAACAAGUAGCAACAGGCUACAUAACAAGACCGAAAUUCGUUCUCAGAUCUUUGUGUGCACUAAUGGAGUUGACGACGAUCUCGCCAGUGUUCCUGAUCUCACUUCUUGGCGUUCCAUUGCUGUACCUGCUAUGGAGCAAGGCAAGCAAGUCCCCCUCCGGCGCGCCUGCUGCACCGCCGCCUCCGCCGGGCCCGACGCCGUUCCCGGUCAUCGGCAACAUCCCCGACCUCCUCCGUGGCGGCGAGCUGCACCGCGCGCUCACCGGCUUAGCGGCGUCGUACGGCCCCGUCAUGUCGCUGAGGCUCGGCAUGGCGAGCACCGUCGUGCUCUCGUCCCCGGACGUGGCGCACGAGGCGCUCCACAAGAAGGACGGCGCCAUCUCCUCCCGGUGGGUGCCGGACAACGCCAACGUGCUCGGCCACCAGGACGUCUCCAUGGCGUGGCUGCCGAGCUCCAGCCCGCUGUGGAAGCACAUGCGCACCUUGGCGAGCACCCUGCUGUUCACCUCCCGGCGUCUCGGCGCCAGCCGCGGCAUCCGGGAGCGCAAGGCCCGGGAGCUCGUCGACUACCUCGGCGCGCGCUCGGGGCGCCCCGUCCGCGUCGGCCUCGCCGUGUUCGGCUCCGUGCUCAACUUCAUGUCCAACGUCUUCUUCUCCGAGGACGUCGUCGAGCUGGGGUCGGAGACCGGGCAGGAGUUCCAGCAGCUCAUCGCCGACUCCGUGGCGGAGACGGCCAAGCCCAACAUCUCCGACUUCUUCCCAUUCCUCAGCGCGCUCGACCUCAGCCGUCGCCGCCGCGCGGCGGCCAAGAACCUCAAGAAGUUCUACGAUUUCUUCGACGAUGUCAUUGACCGGCGGCUGAGCAGCGGCGAGAAACCCGGCGACCUGCUCGACUCGCUUCUGGAGCUCCACGCCAAGUCACAGCUCGAGCGCCCACUGAUUCGAGCUCUCAUGACGGAUUUGUUCAUCGCUGGGAGCCACACGACGACGACCACGGUGGAGUGGGCGAUGGCCGAGCUGCUCCGCAACCCGAGCAAGAUGGCGAAGGCGCGCGCCGAGCUCGGGGAGGCGUUCGGGCGCGGCGCCGUCGAGGAAGGCGAGCUCGCGAGGCUCCCCUACCUCAACGCCGUGAUCAAGGAGACGCUGCGGCUGCACCCGCCGGCGCCGCUGCUGCUGCCGCACCGGGUGUCGUCGGACUCGGAGCCGGCCGGCGGCGUGACGCUCGGCGGCUACUCGGUGCCCAGCGGCGCCCGCGUGCUGAUCAACGCGUGGGCGAUCGGGAGGGACCCCGCGGCGUGGUCGCCGGAGCCGGAUGCGUUCUCGCCGGAGAGGUUCUUGGGCAGGGAGGCGGACUACUGGGGGAGGACGCUCGAGUUCAUCCCGUUCGGGUCCGGCCGGAGGGCGUGCCCCGGGAUACCGCUGGCCGUGGCGGUGGUGCCCAUGGUGGUGGCGGCGAUGGUGCACUCGCUGGAGUGGAGGCUGCCGGAGGGGAUGGCGCCUGGCGACGUCGACGUCGGCGACCGGUUCGGCGCCGUGCUUGAGCUCGCUACCCCUCUUUGGGCCGUGCCGGUUAAGGUUUAGGAAGGCCCAAGGCCUACAAAAUUUGAUGGGCCUGAAUACCGGCCCAUCUAUAUGAGUGGGCUGGGAUUUAGGCCCAUCCGAACAAGGCCGUUAGGGUAUUUCAUUUCUGUUCAUCUAUCGUGUUUAUAUUUGUUAGUUUCCUUUGUUAGUCGAUCGUUUAUGUCUGUUCGGUAUUUUAGGAUGGAUAAUGAUAUCAACCAAGGUGUAAAAUGUUCAUGUAAACGAGCCGGCCUGCCAGCCCACUGCCCACAACCCAUGAGCCCAACUCCUCUCGAACUGAAAAUCAUUGGUUGUUGACUACUACUAAUAAACAAAUGAGUACCAAGAUUUGUGCA